AUUUCUGCUCUGAGAAUAGUUCCUGUAUAGACUACGCGGAUUGUUGCUAAGUUGUGUGUCUGACCUCCUCCCUCUUUCGUCUCAGUGUCUCUCACCGAACCCUCCUCCACCAGAGGCGUCUUCAGAUGUCUAUAUAACUCCGUCAGGAUGACUUGUUUCUUCUAACCACCAGAAGAAUUUAUUCAUGCGGUUUGAGUAGAUAUCGUUGCGGUCACACUCGGCUACCUUACAACGAUGUCUAGGCAUUCAUGGCGGUCCUUCAUAACAAGCUGCUGGAGAAGCACCAAAGAGGGCUCCGUGACAGAAACCAAGAAGCCUCGGCCGAUUCCCAAGUCCCCCCAGAGGCUGUCCUAUUAUGAUAUCAGCAACUCCGGCACUCCGCUCUCCCCCGAGGACCUGUCUCUGAGUCUUCCAGGAUCAAAUCUCCAUGUGUUCACGCUUGCGGAGCUGAAGGCCGUGACGAGGAACUUCUCCACGACUAAUUUCAUCGGGUCAGGCGGCUUCGGUCCCGUCUUCAAGGGGUACGUCGACGACAAGCUGCGGCCGGGGCUGAAGGCGCAGCAUGUGGCGGUGAAGUCCCUGGACUUGGAGGGGCUGCAAGGCCACCGGGAAUGGCUGGCUGAGGUUAUAUUUCUUGGACAAUUGCGGCAUCCUCAUCUGGCGAAACUGAUCGGCUACUGCUGUGAGGAUGAGCACCGGAUGCUGGUUUACGAGUACAUGGCUCGAGGAAGCCUGGAGAACCACCUCUUCAAGAGGUUGCUUGCUUCGUUGCCAUGGUCUACGAGGAUAAAGAUAGCAGUGGGAGCUGCCAAGGGGCUUGCGUUUCUUCACGAAGCAGAGAAGCCCGUGAUCUACCGCGACUUCAAAGCCUCAAACAUAUUACUAGACUCGGACUACACGGCGAAGCUUUCGGACUUCGGGCUGGCAAAGGACGGACCCCAAGGAGAGGAAACGCACGUCACAACCCGUGUCAUGGGAACACGUGGCUACGCCGCGCCGGAGUACUUGUUGACUGGCCACCUGACGGCGAAGAGCGACGUCUACAGCUUCGGAGUGGUACUGUUAGAGCUGCUCAGUGGGCGGCGGUCCGUCGACAAGAACCGGUCAAACCGGGAGAAGAACCUCGUCGAAUGGGCGAGGCCUCAACUGAACAAUCCACAGAAGCUGAGCCGCGUCAUGGAUCGCAACCUCGAAGGCCAGUACUCCACCAAAGGUGCGCAGAAGGCAGCGGCAGUGGCUUACAAGUGCCUCAACCUCAACCCCAAAAAGAGGCCUGACAUGAGAGCCGUCGUGGAAACCUUGGAGCCUCUGCUGGAGAUGAAUGACGUACCCAUCGGCCCCUUCGUGUACACAGCGCCAGCAGAGACAGAAAAUGAUGGCAGGAAGGAGAUGGACGUGAAGACUGCAGCAAAGGUGAACGGACUCAAGCAACGGGUCCCCAACUCAGCGGUCCGUUCUGAGGCCACCAUUCACAUGGAUAGCAAGGGUUUGUACAGGAACUCUCCAAGGCACCACCAGAGCUCGAGGAGACAGAACAGGGAACAUGGAGUGUGACUCUUUAUGUUAUGUAUAGAGAACAGAUUGAUGAUGCAUUGUAUUGGUUUCCUCUUUACAUGUUCAGAUAAUAGUGAAUGUUUGGAAGAAGUUUUGGCAAAGAUUGUGCAGUUUAAUGCCGCAAAUUAAUGGAAUAUGGCUGAAAGGAAGGUUAUUGGA